UGUGAUCCUGGUUGUUUACAAAGAAGAAAGUUCCAAAAAGGUACUCAAAGAAGAAUCAAUGGCCGUCCACAUCUUUUUUUACAGCGUUUUCCAUAGGCUAAAGAGAGAGGACAGAAACUGAACACGUUGGACUAACGUAACUCACAAAGAGAAUCCCAAUUACCCAAUAGGAGUACGUGUUCUCAUCACUUCACUUGGGACCCUCCUUCCCCUUCCCCUUCCCCUUGUUGAUAACGACUUUCCCAUUGCUUUCACCAUGACGCUCUUUCCUUUUUCUUCUUUAAAAACUUGCCCUAAAAAUCCCUACUUCACACUUGCCUUUAUAUAUUAUAGUACUAUUCUUAACUGCCUCCAUCCCUCACCUCAUAUAUAUCAUUAUUAAUCAAUCUCCACACACUCAAAAGCUAUAUAAGAAUCUUGAUAUUUUUUUUCCUCUGCUGGCUGCUUCAUUCAAUGGCCCCCUGAUCCCUGUUUACUUCUAUUCAAUAUGCAAGUGAAACUCCUAAAAAUGGAAGCUUCUUGUAACUUCUGCGGCAGUUUGGUUCCAAGCUGCCUCACUCGUCAAAAAAGAUCCAAUCUUUCUUCCUUUAUUGGCUCUGUUGCUCUCUCCAGCAUCAAGAAUCGCACCUUUCUUGAUUCCAUUUCCCUCACGUCUUCGAUUCGAGCAACAGCAAGUAGCAGUGGUGGCACGAAGGCUGUCACUACUAGGAGGAGAAAACCCAAGAAUGUUGGAACUACUGGUGGUUCAGGCAAAAAUGUUAAAAACAGUGAGAUCCCGGCAGUCACAACAAAAGGUUCAUCAGGGAAAGCGAUAGAGAAGGUGCAGGUGAAGAGAAAAAAUCAGCAGCAAGAGUGCAUACAGGAAGGUGGGCCGGUGGAUGUGCGAGCACUGCAUCAAAAUGGUGACCCUUUGGGGCGUAAAGAUUUGGGUAAGUGUGUGGUGAGGUGGUUAUCUCAAGGAAUGAGAGCUAUGGCUUUAGAUUUCGCUACCGCAGAGAUGCAGGGAGAGUUUGCUGAACUCAAACAGAGAAUGGAACCAGGAUUGACUUUUGUUAUUCAAGCUCAGCCUUAUCUUAAUGCUGUCCCUAUGCCUCUUGGUCUUGAAGCCAUUUGCUUGAAGGCUUGCACUCAUUAUCCUACUCUCUUCGACAACUUCCAGCGCGAGCUUAGGGAUGUUCUUCAGGACCUUCAGCGCAAGUCAUCCGUCCAGGAUUGGCGUGACACAGAGUCGUGGAAGCUGCUCAAGGAUCUUGCUAGUUCAGCUCAGCAUAAAGCCAUUGCAAGGAAGGGUUCUCAACCAAAAUCUGUUCCUGGUGUAAUGGGAAUGGACCUUGAAAAAGCCAAAGCCAUUCAGAGUAGGAUUGAUGAUUUCACCAAUCGGAUGUCAGACUUGCUUCAUAUCGAAAGGGAUGCUGAAUUGGAGUUCACUCAGGAGGAGUUGAAUGCUGUCCCUGCGCCGGAUGUUAAUUCUGAGGCUCAGAAGCCAUUUGAAUUCUUGGUUAGCCAUGCGCAGCCUGAGCAGGAACUCUGUGAUACUAUCUGCAAUUUGACAGCAGUUAGCACAUCUAUAGGAUUAGGUGGAAUGCAUUUAGUAUUGUUCAAAUUGGAGGGAAAUCACAGAUUGCCUCCAGCUAACCUCUCUCCUGGGGACAUGGUUUGUGUCAGAAUAUGUGAUAGUAGAGGCGCUGGUGCAACUUCUUGCAUGCAAGGAUUUGUGCAUAACCUUGGGGAGGAUGGAUGUAGUAUCAGUUUGGCUCUUGAAUCACUUCAAGGAGAUACUACCUUUUCCAAGCUCUUUGGGAAAAAUGUUCGCAUUGAUCGUAUUCAAGGGUUGGCUGAUGCACUCACGUACGAGCGCAAUUGUGAAGCCUUAAUGAUGCUUCAGAAGAAAGGGUUUCGGAAGAAAAAUCCUUCAGUAGCGGUGGUAGCUACACUUUUUGGAGACAAUGAAGACCUUAAGUGGCUUGAGGAGAAUGACAUGGCAGAUUGGGCCGAAGUGGAACUUCCUGAUUCUACAAACAAAAAAUCUUUUGAUGCUUCCCAAAGAAAAGCAAUUGCAUUAGGUUUAAACAAGAAUCGGCCUAUAAUGAUAAUUCAAGGGCCUCCUGGCACAGGGAAGACUGGUUUGCUGAAGGAAUUGAUUUCUCUUGCUGUAAAACAAGGUGAAAGGGUGCUUGUAACUGCACCGACAAAUGCAGCUGUGGACAACAUGGUUGAAAAGUUGUCUGAUAUUGGAAUUAACAUUGUUCGGGUUGGAAAUCCUGCACGAAUAUCCUCUUCUGUAGCUUCAAAAUCUUUGGCUGAAAUUGUGAAUAACAAGCUGUCUGAUUUCCUAGCAGAAAUUGAGAGGAAGAAGUCAGAUCUUAGAAAGGACCUGAGGUAUUGUCUUAAGGAUGACUCUUUAGCUGCUGGUAUACGUCAACUUCUGAAACAGCUUGGGAAGUCCAUCAAGAAGAAAGAGAAGGAAACUGUGAAAGAAAUCUUAUCAACUGCUCACGUUGUGCUUGCAACUAAUAUUGGGGCAGCUGAUCCACUAAUAAGACGGCUGGAUGCAUUUGAUUUGGUUAUUAUAGAUGAAGCUGGCCAAGCAAUUGAACCAUCGUCUUGGAUACCAAUAUUGCUCGGAAAGCGUUGUAUUCUUGCAGGAGAUCAAUUCCAGCUUGCUCCUGUUAUUCUUUCUAGGAAAGCCUUAGAAGGUGGUCUUGGAGUUUCACUACUGGAGAGGGCAGCGACUUUGCAUGACGGGAUGCUGUCGACAAAGUUAACAACACAGUACAGAAUGAAUGAUGCGAUAGCUAGCUGGGCUUCAAAGGAGAUGUAUGGUGGAUCUUUAACAUCAUCUCCAACUGUUGCUUCUCAUCUACUGGUGGAUUCUCCAUUUGUCAAGCCCACAUGGAUUACACAGUGUCCGCUGUUAUUGCUUGAUACGAGAAUGCCUUACGGAAGCUUAUCAGUUGGUUGUGAAGAGCAUCUGGACCCUGCUGGCACUGGCUCCUUUUACAAUGAAGGGGAAGCAGAUAUUGUUGUUCAACAUGUAUUCAGUUUAAUUUAUGCUGGUGUUCCUCCUGCAGCCAUUGCUGUACAGUCUCCUUAUGUCGCUCAAGUGCAACUACUUCGAGACAAGAUUGAUGAGAUUCCAAUGGCUACUGGCGUUGAUGUUGCAACUAUUGAUAGCUUCCAAGGUCGUGAAGCAGAUGCUGUGAUUAUAUCCAUGGUUCGAUCAAACAAUUUGGGGGCCGUUGGCUUUUUGGGAGACAACAGGCGAAUGAAUGUUGCAAUAACAAGGGCGAGCAAGCAUGUAGCAGUCGUCUGUGACAGUUCAACUAUAUGCCACAACACAUAUUUAGCCAGGCUGCUUCGUCAUAUUAGAUAUUUUGGCAAAGUAAAGCAUGUUGAACCUGGCAGCUUCUGGGAAUUUGGCCUUGGUAUGGAUCCAAUGUUGCCUACUACCGGUUAACUUUGAAAGAGUUCAACAACACCAAAUUUUCGAUGCUUCCAUCCAACCUCUGCUGACUGGGUGAGCUCUCAGAUACGUUGUUGGUCUGGUUCGGUUUACAGAUUAUAUAUUUAGGUGCUUCAAGCAAUUUAGAUUUUUGGCCAAAAGGACAAACACGGGGUAAUUUUCAUUUGUAUAUAUAAUUCAAAGAACAACUUUGUGAAAAGUGUAAAUGUAUAUAUAUUCAUACAGCUCCAAUGUCUAUACGAUUCUUGAUUGUUUAGCUCA